ACCAACUCUGCGGCGCGGGGCACAGGGCAGAGGGUUUUGGGAGCAGAGAAGCCUCAUCUCCUUCGCUUUCCCUUCGCGUGCCGGCGGCCUGCUGCGUCCGCGGGGCCUGGUCUGGCCGGAUGGCUCGCGCGCCCGUCGUCGCCGUGCUCGCCGUCGCCGUCCUCCUGGCCUGCUUGCUGCCCGCCGCCGCCGCCGCCUCCUCGUCUCACCGGGCAGCAGCGGCAUUACGACGACUCGAGACGGCGGCGCCCAUGGACACCGAGCAGGGCAUGCGGGAGAAAGUGGACGUGGCCAAGGUCGCGGAGGAGGACGUGAGCACGACGGGGUUCGGCGCGGAGUCCGAGAGGGAGGUGCCGACGGGACCGGACCCCAUCCACCACCACGGCCGGGGGCCAAGGAGGCAGUCGCCGUGAUCGUGCGCGGGCGAGCCAUGGCGGAGGAGGAGGAUUGGGAGUUGUGAUCUUGAUCAGUCAUCACGCGUGAGCGGGAUUCCAAGAUGAUUGCGCUCUUUCUUUUUUGGUGGAUUGAAUCUGUGGUGACCUUUUGGUUCUAAUUCCAUUGUUGUAGUAGGGGAGACAGCAACAGAGAUUACCUUUCAUCAAAACUUUGUUUCUGCAUACCAAUUAGGGAAAGGGAAUAGAAUUCAUAAUA